AUGAAAAUCGCAAUCUUACAAAUUUUAGGAAUUUUAUUCCUAAAUGUUCUCCUUUCUUGCCAGGCACUAAGGCAUCAUAAAUUUGUGGUUAGAGAUGCCCCCUUCACAAAACUCUGCAGUACAAAGAACAUCUUAACUGUAAAUGGCCAAUUUCCUGGCCCAACACUGUAUGUUAACAAAGGAGAAACUAUCAUUGUUGAUGUGUAUAACCGAGCUAACUACAACAUCACCAUCCACUGGCAUGGAGUGAACCAACCAAGAUAUCCAUGGUCUGAUGGCCCUGAAUACGUCACACAAUGUCCAAUUCGACCAGGUGGAAAGUUCAGUCAGAAGGUUAUAUUUUCAGAAGAGGAAGGCACACUGUGGUGGCAUGCUCACAGUGAUUGGUCUCGAGCCACCGUUCACGGGGCUAUUGUCGUUAAACCCAAGUCUGGAACUACCUAUCCUUUUCCAAAACCACACAAAGAAGUCCCAAUCAUAUUAGGUGAAUGGUGGAAGAAAGAUGUUGCUGAGGUUUACAAUGAUCUUCGUAGAACUGGAGGAGAUGCUGCUCUUUCUGAUGCUUAUACAAUCAAUGGCCAACCCGGUGAUCUUCACCCAUGCUCGAAGAAAGAAACCUUCAAGCUUAGGGUUGAUUAUGGGAAAACCUAUCUCCUCAGAAUGGUGAAUGCAGCAGUUCAAGACAUUUUGUUCUUUGGCAUUGCCAAACAUCAACUCACAGUGGUAGGAACUGAUGGUAGCUAUGUGAAGCCAGUGAAGGUAGAUUACAUCACAAUAUCUCCUGGACAAACAAUGGACGUGUUACUAGAAGCAAACCAACCAUUAGAUCGCUAUUACAUGGCUGCUAAAGUUUAUUCAAGUGCUGUUGGGGUUAAAUUUGACGACACCACUACCACUGCUAUUGUGGAAUAUAGAGGAAAGCACAUUCCAUCGUCAAGUACCCCUUCCUUGCCUUUGCUUCCUGGUUUCAAUGAUACAAAUGCCUCUAUUAACCUGUUAAGUCAACUAAAAAGCUUGGCUGAUCAUGAACACCGAAUUGAUGUGCCCUUAGACAUAAGCACCAACCUAUUCUUCACAGCCUCAGUUAACACAUUACCAUGUCCCAAUGGUUCAACGUGUAAGGGCCCAAAUGGAAACCGGAUCUCAGCAAGCAUGAACAACAUAAGCUUUGAAUUGCCAUCCAACAAUAACAUUUUAAAUGCAUACUACAACAACAUUAAUGGCGUUUUUGGGAAAAAUUUCCCAGAUGUUCCACCAUUGCUAUUUGAUUUCACUGCCAACAGUCUCCCUACAUCUCUAAACACACCUUCAGUCGAUACUGAGGUGAAUGUGCUUGAGUAUAACUCAACGGUGGAGAUUGUUCUUCAAGGGACUAACUUGUUGGCAGGUACAGAACACCCUAUUCACCUGCACGGCUACAGUUUCUACGUGGUAGGGUGGGGAUUUGGUAACUUCGACAAGGACAAGGACCCUCUCACCUACAAUCUUGUUGACCCUCCUUAUCAGAACACUGUUGCUAUCCCCAAAAAUGGUUGGACAGCCAUAAGAUUCAGGGCCAAAAAUCCAGGUGUAUGGUUCAUGCACUGUCACUUAGAGCGUCAUGUCACUUGGGGUAUGGCUAUGACUUUCAUCGUCAAAAAUGGUGACAACCCUGAAGAACAGAUGCUGCCACCCCCGCCACACAUGCCACAAUGUUAA